UAGUGGGAAGUGCUCUCUCCCCGGGAAAUCUCGUAUCGCGCACGGCAGAUUUCUUUCUGUGCUAGGGUGCCAUUCGCGUUCGUUCCGAUCCGUUCGCUUGAGGAAGCUGUGGAGUGAGGGAAAAGUAAGGAAAGCAAAAAAGGGAUAAUUUGGCUCGCGACCGACGUGCGUUUUCGAGGAAGGAUCACCGUUACGGUGGUUGAGUUUGGGAGUUUUUUUUUUCAUCUGUUUUUGUAACCCGUGCUUGGUGCGGUCAGUUGGCUUUGGGGGUUGAGUGUGACCGGUAGCAAAUGCAAGAAAAAAAGUUGUAUUUUUGGAUGUUUGACAAACCUGAAAACGAGAGGCGCAGCAGCAUGUUGCGCCAGCAGUUCUAAGAGAAAGUGAAGUGCAGUGUGCCAUAAAGAGUCAUAAAAAAAGCAUAGCGGAAAAGCCCUGUAGAAGAGUUUAACAAACAUCGUUACCCUCGUACGCCAUAAAAAUGUUCUUCAGAAAGUAAAUUGAUUCAACUUCCGAGAAAAAAAAACCCGUCAGAAGAAAAGUAACAAUGAAGCCUUAUCUAACGAUCCUGCUUUUGAGUCUGUUUCUCGUGGAAAUCUUUGGACAUCGCUCAUACCUGAGAAGUUUUCAAACUCCAAGUGCUAUCGAUCCAUGUUACGACGAAGAUCGUCCACGGCGAUGUAUGCCAGACUUUGUGAACGCCGCGUUUGGGGUUCCAAUUGAAGCAUCCUCCAUUUGUGGCAAGGACAAGCCUGCUCGUUACUGCGACUACAAGGAUCAGCAUACACGAAAUGAAUCAGUUUGUGACAUUUGCGAUGAGUCUGAUCCAACCAAACGGUUCUCGGCUCUUGCGCUGACAGACGUUCACAAUUCGAACAACGUAACAUGUUGGCGUUCAGAACCUCGUGUUGGCUCUGUGGAUCCAGGGUCUCCCCCGGAUAAUGUUACUUUGACCUUAUCCCUCGGCAAGAAAUUCGAGCUAACCUACGUCAGUCUAAUGUUUUGUCCGUACGCCAUUCGUCCUGAUUCUAUGGCCAUCUUUAAAAGCGCUGACUAUGGAAAAACUUGGCAACCGUUCCAAUUCUACAGUUCUCAGUGCCGAAAACUUUAUGGACGCCCAACACGUGCCACCAUACAGAAAACCAAUGAGCAAGAAGCGCGUUGCGUUGAUCAUAACCGCUACAACGCUGAUGGCAUCCAAGGUUCCCGCAUCGCUUUCAGUACCCUGGAAGGUCGUCCGUCCGCUCAGGACUUCGACUCAUCUCCAGUUCUGCAAGACUGGGUCACUGCCACCGAUAUCCGCGUAGUAUUCCAUCGUCUUCAACCACCAACGACUACAACUAUCUUAAAGACUCAAUCGUCCGAGCAGAUCAAAUACAAAAAGAGUGAGUACAUCUCUAAAGAGAUUUUCACUCCACCCUCGGCUGGCGUAUCAACCUACGCCUUGUCGGAUUUUGCCGUCGGUGGACGGUGCAAGUGUAAUGGACACGCAUCCAAGUGCAUCAAAGGAGUGGACGGGAAGUUGGAGUGUGACUGUAAGCAUAACACAGCCGGACGUGAUUGCGAGCGCUGUAAGCCGUUCUACUUUGACCGCCCGUGGGGACGCGGCACCGUGCGGGAUGCGAAUGAAUGUAAAGCUUGCAACUGCAACGGCCAUGCGCGAAAGUGUCGCUUCAAUUUGGAUCUCUACAAGUUGUCCGGACGGGUUUCGGGAGGAGUUUGCAUGGACUGUCGGCAUGAUACAACCGGUCGGCACUGUCACUACUGCCGAGAAGGUUUCUACAAGGACCCAUCGAAGCCAAUCACGCACAAAAAGGCGUGCAAACCUUGCGACUGCCACCCGAUUGGAUCGUCCGGGAAAAAUUGCAACCACACUUCCGGUCAGUGCACUUGCAAGGAAGGCGUGACAGGACUAACCUGUAACCGAUGCGCCCGAGGCUACCAGCAAAGCCGAUCUCAUAUUGCACCGUGCAUCAAGAUCCCCCGAGUGACGAUGGUCAACCAUCAGGCACAGAACACCGCGCCGGACUCCUAUCAGUACGAUCCAGACGCGAGUGAAAGUACCAAAGAAAAUUGCGGCAAAUGUAGAUUUGACACGAAACGAUUAAAUCUGAAUAAAUUCUGCAAGCGUGAUUAUGCAAUCAUGGCAAAGGUCACCGGACGAACAACAUCUUCAAACAAACAUGUCCCUCGGGACGAGAUACGUUUCAACCUGCAGGUGCAGACCGUAUUCAAGUCGACGAGCCCACUGGUGGUGACAAGCAACCAGCGGAAGUCGUCCGUUGGUCUGAUGGUGCCCAACAAAAAUCUGGACUGCCGAUGUCCGAGUAUUAAGAUCAACAAAUCAUACUUAAUAUUGGGUAUGGAUUCAAAGCAGAAUCCAGACUCCCUGGUGCUCGGGCCAAAGACGAUCAUCAUCGAGUGGAAGGAUGACUGGAACCGACGGUUACGGAGAUUCCAACAGCAAUCGGGGUCUUGUUAUUAGAACAAACGAGAAAGAGAAGGUAGAAGAGCAGACUCUACCGUUGUCAAGUCAAUUUGAGCAAUCGAGUGUGUAUGUGAGCGGGUGUUUGAGAGGAUGUGCAAGUAAAGUCAAAGUUUGAACAAUUGCAAGUAUAUAUUAUGACACGUACAUAAUAACAUGAACCAUUAUGGAAGUAAUGACAACAGCAUACAAAUAAACCCUUACUCAUAAUGUAUUAAUGUAGCGAAUAAGCGGAUUGCGAUAAAUGCUGAAACAGAAGAGAUUUCCCCUGGAAAAUGAGUAGUAAAUAGGGGAAAGGUUGGAGUGCAAAUAGAAAACAGUGGAAAUAGUCUUACCAACAAUAGUAUUUUUGUCUCUGUCAGUGCCAUUGAAAACUAAUUAACAAGUGAAUUGCAAAAGUAUAACAAAAAUGAUUAGCUUCAGUCAUUGUGUCGUCGUUGUGCGAGGGAAAGAAUUAAAAGAAGGCGAAAUUAUAUGCAAUAAUGUGUACAAUAAAUCAGUUUAAGAAUGUAUAAUUAUGGUUAUAAAAGGACUUAUUCAGAAUUAGAAUCGUGUUUUUAAGGAAAUUGAUCAACUUUUGGUCAUCGUCGUCGGAAUAGCUUUUCUUAGUAUCAUUUAUCACCCUCAUCAUCAUUAUCAUCGGAAUCAAUUAGGAAGAGUGGUACUAUUGAAAUUUCUUUGUAAAUAUUCGUAUUUUCUCUUGGUAUUCUUCCCUAAUAAUAAUGGUAUGUUUUCUUAGAUCGACGACUGUUGGGUCUUGUGCCGUGAAGCUUUUGCGAACAGUAGUAAAGCAUCUUUUUAGUUCGAGGUUUCUGGAACUUUUUUUUAAGUAAAAUGAAGAAGCAAGUGAAGUUCAGCUUCUGGAUCCAUGAACAAUGAUUGGCUAUAACCACAAACUAUAACCAUGUUUACCUGUGAAUUUGAUAAAAAAUAUUAUUAAAUGUAUAACACAUACCAUACUCAGUAUGUGAUCCACAACUUUAUGUGUUCAUAUUGAUGGAUCUUUCCGAACUGAAAACUUACUCGGACAAUUUUGUCACUUGUAAGCCUAAGACACUUUAAAUGAGAUCAGUUCCACGCGAAAGAGGUUAAUGACUAGAUUUGAAUGUUUCAGUUUUAAAUGAAAUUUUGAUUAUGUUUCUGACCUGGGAGGGAAUAUGAAACUUCAAUUUUGGCUCAAGCGUCAUAUUUUAAAAGGGCGUAUGUAUUUUCAUUGGCGAUAUGUUUGAAAAAACGUAUCUCAAAUACUAUUGAAUGUACCGAAAUGGUAUCUAACUAAGGAUGAGUUGUAGAUAAUGGUUUUUAAAAGUCUUAAAAAAACUUAAAUCCAAAUUAUAAAAAUAAAUGAUUUUUCAAUUUGUAUUCAAAGAAAAAUGAAAGUCAUUAAAAGGCUUUUAGAAGUAAUUCUGAGAUGGUGGAAAUUGUAUUAACAUAUUUAGUAGAAAACCGACCUUCAGCCUUCAUGUGUAAAGGGUGAAUUUUUACCACUUAUAACGAUUUCUGAUGUAUUUUGAUCAAAAAUACUGAGGUCGAACAUUUUUCUAACUGGAGCCAUUUUCGAAAUGAAUUCGAAAAAUAUGCUAUUCUUUCCUCUGUGUACAUGUUUUUUUUUUCAUAUGUUGUGCCGUAUUGUACCCUCGGUGUACAAGUUUUGAGCAUGUGAAUUGAAUUUCUUACGAUUUGUCUUUUUUCAUCUUGAAAAUUCAAACAGCCGGUUUGAGGUUACAGGCACAAAAGUAAUGUGUAUUUUUUUAUUUCUCAGGUAUGACAAAAAUUUUUGCUCUCCAUGCAAUCAUGAUCGUUAGCCUGCGCAGCAUAGGCGUGAGGGUGUUGACUUACAAACUCGCUGUAGAUUUCUUUCAGUCAAAAAAAUUCCGUGUGCAUCCGUUUAAGGAGCAUGAGCUUGAGCAUGAUUAACCACCCGCGGUUGCUGCUCCUUUAUUGCCUGUAAUCACACAGAGAACCAACUGAUGAUGCUUGGGAUUAGAAAUGUGUAAAAACUGGUGAUCUCAUACAUAUCUCAUACAAUAGGCAAUACCAGCGCCGGCUACGUCAGAAUUCAGGUCAAUUAACGAAUGGGUUAGGAAUAUGUUGACGUGAUACUCACUUUAUUGGAAGCCGCAAAAUCCUCUGCACUUCCACGAGAAAUCACUGAGAUGCUGGAUUAAGGGGUUGGGUUUUCAGCAGGUUUCGUUUUGGUAAACAUGAUCUUAUUAAGAAAAGAAAAAGCAACUAACGUAUAUUGAAAGUGAAGAGGUCUAAGACUAAACCCAUGAUGUUUGGCUCUGUAUGUAAAAUUGGUUUCUCUAAUGCCACCGCGCCCCUCCUAUCACAUAACGCAUAUGAGUGAGCUGUGGCUAUAACAAGGGAGAGAAAUCAAUCAAAUAAAGGAACCGGCGACUCCGACGACGAUGACGACAAGAGUCACAAAACAUACCUGGGAUUGAUCCCACGAUUCUCUGCUCUUGUGAAUUUGAUUUAGAUAUCUCAAAGACCCAUAAAAACCUCAGUCCCCGUAUGCAGUGCAGACGAUGCCGGUUCUUUAAGCAGCUGGUGCAAUUCGCGAUUCAUCCGCCUUCUCCACCUUCCAUAUUCCAUCUGCACUAUGCCGUAGAAAGUACGCCACAUCUUCCGUUCAAAAACCCCACCGUUCGUGUUGGGCCUCCGAGCACAUUGUUCAGAUCUCAUGAAUAUAGAGGACUACCGGUCUAAUCAGCGUUUUGUAGAUUCAUGCAGCGGUGAAUCACUACCACAACACGUCUUUGAAUGUCUCUGCUGGUGACAUUAUCGACGGUCACCUGUGAAUAGAAAUGCACGAGCUUGUCGACCAAUUCGAUGUCGUCGCCGUCGAUAAGAACUAAGAGGCUAACAUGCUCUUCUUUUAAGACUCUCCAUCUCAUUUUUUUUUUAUCUAGAUGUGUUAAUGAAAAGUUCAAUCUGCUGGGUAUCAGCCAUCUGAUAUACAUUUCCGCCAUGGCCUCUAAGCAUUUCAUCGGCGAAUCCAAGAAGCUGGAUGGACUUCCUACUUUUCGUUUCUAUCUCCGCUCUUCUAAACACACCUUUCAAAGCGAUGUUAAGUAGCAGAAACGAAAGCCGGUUACCUGUGACCCUCUUCGAGAUUCAAUGAACCUCGAUACUUGAACAAUGCACAUAACUCGAUCGAUUGUCGCAUAUCAGCAGAGAUGCUCAAAGCUGAUUCCAUGCUAUCCUCACAAAUAUUGCAUCAACUAUUGGUCAAUAUCUGGGACACCGCGACUUUUUCGGCCGAUUGGAUGCAGGGCGUUUUGGUAAAAGUCCCCAAGAAGAGGGAUCCAACUGUAUGCAACAACUGGCGAGGCAUCAAGUUACUGUGUAUUGUACUCAAAGUUCUGUGUAAAGUUAUCCUCAAUCGGAUACAGGAGAAGAUCGACGCGGCUCUCCGACAGCAGCAAGCUGGAUUCUAUGCUGGAAGAUCCUAUUGUCACGCUCCGCAUCAUCUUGGAGCAGGUCAAUGAGUUCCAAGAGUCCCUGUACUCAUUGACUACGAAAAAGCUUUCGACCGACUAGACCACGAAAACUUGUGGGGCGCUCUGAGACGCAAGGGAGUCCCUGAUAAGAUCGUCAACCUCUUCGAAGCGCAGUACGAGGCUUUCUCAUGCAGAGUGUUGCACAACGGAGCUUUGUCUGACCCGAUUCGGGUAAUCGCAGGUGUGAGGCAAGCAUGUAUAUUAUCACCGCUACUGUUCCUCAUCGUAAUCGACGAGAUCAUGGUUGGAGCCGUUGAUCGUGUACCGAACCGUGGGUUGCUGUGGCAGCCUAUCACUAUGGAGCAUCUCAACGACUUCGAUUUGGCUGAUGAUGUUGCGUUAUUAGCACAACGGCGCUCUGACAUGCAGAGGAAGCUCGACGACCUUGUGGAACGCUCCUCUGAAGCAGGUCUAACCAUCAACGGCAAGAAGAACAAAUCGUUAGAUGUCAACACGGAAAACCGUUCCAAUUUCACGGUAGCUGGGCAGGCAGUGGAGAAAGUCGAAAGCUUCCAAUAUUUUGGCAGCCAGAUAGCGUCGGACGGCGGCACCAAGCGUGACAUAGGUGCACGGAUUAAGAAGGCGAGGGUUGCUUUUGCCCGUUUGCGAAAUGUAUGGAGAGCGAAUCAGAUUAGUCGACGCACCAAAAUCCGAAUUUUUAACUCGAACGUGAAGUCUGUGCUGUUAUACUGGCCCCACAAUUGGAUCUCAAAUUCCGAGCUUCAUCGUUUGUGCCAUCAGAAGCCGAUGGAGAAAUAAAUUCGUGAACGGAAGUAGAGGUGGGUCGGCCACACACUACGACGGAGUGGAAACGAAAUCUGCAAGCAAGCACUGGAAUGGAAUCCAGCAGGACAUCGCAGCAGAGGCAGACCCAGAGGCUCGUGGCGGCGGAGCCUAAACAGUGAAAUUAAGAACGUUGACCGAAACUUGACUUGGGCACAGGUCAAGGCCAAAGCUAUUAGUCGCCCAGGAUGGAAAUCUUUCACAAAGGCCCUUUGCACCCCUGGAGGUGCGCAGGAUCGUUAAGUAAGUAAGUAAUUGUCGUCUUGACCUAUCGUAUCAGUUAAUUCAGAAACCCGUAUUCGUGCAUAACCUAUUCAAGCUGGUCUUGAUCGAUUGUGUUGUAUGCUGAUUUAAAAUCGCCGCACAAAUGAUGUGUACGCACGUGUUAUUUGCGGUUGCUCCAAAGAGCCUGAUGAAUCACGAAAAUAUAGCCCGAGAUAGUACGGGUACCAACAAAUCAUGCCUGGUAUUUGCCCAUUAAGUAUUUGGGGGAGAACAUCCGCAAUUUAUAUUGGAUUAAAACUUUUGCUUCAAAUGAGCGACAGAAAUCA